AUGGAGAUGCGUAGAAAGCAAGGAGGAGAGGAAUGGAGAACGGUGGGUGGAGGGAGUUGGAGAGGAAGGGAGUCGGCGCAAUGGGACAUAUUGAAGAAUGAUACGAGAGGCAUCUCAUGGCCAGUAUCAACUUUUUUCUUUUUAUAUUUUGGUGUGCAGUGGAUGGCAAAAGACUUAUUCUUUGAGUUUAAAGACCUUGGGUUGAUAGAAGAGAUUGUUAUUCCUUCUAAGAAAGAUUGGAAGGGUCUAAGAUAUGGUUUUUUCAGGUAUCUGAAUAUUGAGGACGAGAGGUUGGUGGAGAUUAAGAUGAACAAUUUGUUGCCAGAUGGGAGAAAUAUCAAUGCUAACAUUUCUAAGUUCAAAAGGAAAGAUUUAAAACCUUCACGGGAUUUUGGGAAAAGGAGAAAUUUCGGUGAGGCGAAUCUCAGACCAAACGGAGGAUACGUGGGCGCUGUGGGAGCUGGGCCUUCUCAGGUUAACUAUGUUGAAGGAGGUGGCCAGGCAAGAAGCUAUAUGGAGGCAGUGAGAGGAAAUAGUUUUAUCAAGAAAUAUGUUGAGGUAGAAACUAGUAAGUCUUUGUUCUUUAAAUCGACGGACGAGGAGAGAAGGGGAAUGGAGAAGGUAAUGGUGGGAAUUUCAGUCACUCUUGGACUUGCCUAUGAAGUUGGAAAGAGCUUGAUUGAGGAGGGUAUCUUUACAGUGAAAGCAAUCCCAUUAGGUCCCAAUUUAUGUCUCCUAGAGGAAACUAUGGAAGGUGUCCUUAAAGCUCUUCUGGAGGAAGGAGGGGAUUGGAAGAAGAAAUGGUUCAAGGAGGUUAGACAAUGGAGGCCGGAGGAUGUUGAGUGUUUCAGAGCGGCGUGGGUCUCCGUUUAUGGAAUUCCUUGCCAUGGUAAAAACAGAAGAUUUCUUGAAUCUUUGGUAACAGAUAUUGGAAUCAUUGCCCACUUUGGCUUUUUGGAUCUCAAACCAGAAAGGUUCGAUGUUUUGUCAUUUAUGAUAUUCACACAUCACCUGGACCCCAUUAGAAACAAGGUUAAUGUGUGUAUGGAUGGAAGCUGGGUUUGUAUGAUGGUCAUUGAAGAUGUGGCAGUUAGAAAUGAAUGUUGA